UUAAAUCAAAAUGUCUACCGGGGUAUUCACCGUUGUUUCUCGCAUCUCAUUAUUACCUACUUUGCUGACUUUGCAUCUCAUUGUUAUCUACUUUGCUGACUUUGCAUUUCAUUUUCUUGUUCUUUUCAUCUACUUGUUGCUGAUUUUAGUCGACGUUUAACAUUGAUAAAAUUGACUUCCAGCCAAGUGUACAAUCAUUUCUCGUUCAAUAGGUAUUGUUCAAGAGAUUGUCUGUGUUCAAUCGGUGCCAAGUCAUAGAAGAAAAAAUAAUUUUGCUAAAAUGUGUAUAUCAAAAAAUAAAGAAAAAGAAAAGAAGGAGUCUCCAAAUUCUACAAAUAACAAAACAGUCACAGAUAUGCUUUGGGAAGAAAUGAAGAACCUUGCUAUUGAACAGCAGCAAUGCUUCUUCGAAUUACUUCCUGAGUGCAUAGAGUAUCAAUUUAAUGAACAUAAGUUUUUACGACAGAAUAUUGGUUAUGCGAUUUAUGGAUUACCAGAAUAUUGUUUAUAUGAUUUAUGCGUGAGCAAUGAGAAAUCAGAAGAUAUAAGUGACAUAGAUGCAGACAUAGCUGACACAAUAAAAUAUGAUGAAAAAGCUAAAAAUGUCAUAGAUAUAAUAUAUAAUAAGAUAUGCGAAUAUACAAUAGGAACUAAUAACACCCAACCAAUUUACUUUGGUAUAAUUUACAAUGUAAUAUUUUCUCUGAAAGAAAAAGAAGUAAAAAAGAAAAUGAAUAAAGAAACAAAGACAGAAAAAAAAGAAGAAGAAAAAGAACCUACAAUAUCGUCUAUUCCAAUUUUUACAAUUAGAAGAAAUAUUCAGAAAAAAUCUGAGACGUCAAAAUAUUCAAAAAAAAGUACGAAAAUCGAAAAUAAAAAUGAUUAUGAAAUUUGGUACAUUGAUACUUGUGGCAGAGUGUAUAAGAGUUGGAUAGAUUAUGUAGAAAACAAUAAUUUACCAAAAUGUACUAUGGUUCUUCCCAAAGAUGGCUUUUAUCAAGCAGAUGUGUCCUACCCGAUAACAGAAGACUAUUCCACAGUUUGGCUCGAAAUCACAGAAUCUCCAGCAUGCAGAUGGACAUCAGUAAUCUGUAAUAGAGUGGAUAUUGUUUCUGGUAUUACCGGAUUAGGAAGCACAGUUGGUUUAUGUGUCGCAUCAUUGUUUACACCUCUUGCACCAAUUGCUGUUAUGACAGGUCUUGUUACUACUGGUGCAAGCGGUAUUUGGACAGUCGGCCGAUCUUCUCAGCAAUUGGCAGAUCGUAUAAUCCACGAGGAACCUAUUUUGGAUAAAGAGGCAUUACCUCAUUGGCUUAGCAUAAUUGGUACAACAUUUAGUUUAGGAGCGCUAGGAGGUUCAGCUGCUCUGUCCAACGCUGUUGCAAAGGGUAAAAUAAUACCUAACUUCGUAAAAGUAGCAUUUAAUACCGUGCAAGGUGGCAAUCUACUCUUGAAUGGCGCCGGUAUUGUAUAUCAGAGUUAUUACAUAGUAGAUAAAUAUAUGACGGACAAGAGUCAGAUUAAUAGUGUAGACGUGUUAAAUUUUGCGAUACAUGUUAUGUUUUUUGCUGGCACUGUAGUAAAGAUUCAAUUCGCCAAUGAUAUCAUUGAGAAUACCCAAGGUAAAGUCAUAAAUGAUUACAAAGAAACUUUACGUAAGAGAAAUCUUCGUAAGGAAUUUAAUCGCGUUGCACGAAAAGCUGCGGAGAAUAAUACAUGUAAAAUAUCUGAGAACGCGGAUGUGAUAAAAUAUAUAAGACAUCGUGAACAGAUGUCUGUUAAUCAGCCUGUUAAUCAGUCUAUUGUUUAUGAUCAAAAAUUAAACCAGGUCACAAGUAAUAUUAUAUGGUCGUUCGAACAGGGUAAAUUAAAAGUCAACGGUAUUAUAUUGUUAGAUCCUAUUGAAUAUGUUGUUCGUUUCUUCGAAAAUUCGGAUAUAUUUGAAAUUCAUUCAAAUAAUGCCUCUUGUUUCCAAAACAAUGUUAAUGAUUCUACCGCUAAUCCGUUAAAAGAAGUAUUUAUGGAUUUAUUAAGUAAGUUUUAUAUGAGUGAUGCUUGUCCCAAGAGCAAAAAUUUGCCAUUGCUUCCCGACUUUGAACCACUUCUUAAAGAUAUGAGUUCUAUGAAAAUCAAUCAAGAAUGUCUGAUAAAACUAUUCAAAAUUGUUGAAAAAUUAAUGAAACGUUCUAGAGAUAAAAGCGAUUUUUUACUCAUGGCUUUUAUUCUCGUCUGGCAAUAUUGUAAAGCAAAUUUAAAGCAAUGGGGCAUAUCUUCGUAUUAUCGCGUGCGAAGCAAUUCAGGCUCCAAUAUUUUACAAAAGAUUAUCACUGCCGUUUCGGAAGCCAUUGACAUGAUACUUAAUAAUCUUUGUAAUGCCUUUGCAAAAUAUAUAGAAGUUAAUGCGGACAAAUUGAGUAAAAACAUAAAUUAGAUAUAAUGCGCAUAUAUUAUAUGUAAUCUUGUAGAAAUAAACAAUUUCAUAGAAACAUAAUGUAUUAAUUAGUAGAUUAAUAGAAGUUGUACACGUAUGUGUAAGUGUGUGUGCAUUUUACACUAUAUCUCAGUAAACUACUAAUUAUAA